CAAAAGCCAGAGGUGCAAGAAGCAGCAACUGCAGCAGGCAGCAGCAGCAGCAGCAGCAGCAGCGGAGACCGUGUUGGCAGCAGGGUCCGCAGGAGCAGCAUCAGCAGCAACAAAAAAAAAUCCUCAUCAAAUCCUCACCUAAGCUUUCAGUAUAUCCAGAUCCACAUCUUCACUCAAGCCGGGAGAGGGAGAGAGGAAAGGGGGGGAGGAAAAAAAAAAAAAAAAAAACCUAACAACUUAGCGGAAACUUCUCAGAGAAUGCUCCAAAACUCAGCAGUGCUUCUGGUGCUGGUGAUCAGUGCUGCUGCAAGCCAUGAGGCGGAGCAGAAUGACUCUGUGAGCCCCAGGAAAUCCCGGGUGGCAGCUCAGAACUCAGCUGAAGUGGUUCGCUGCCUCAACAGUGCUCUGCAGGUUGGCUGUGGGGCUUUUGCAUGCCUGGAAAACUCCACGUGUGACACAGAUGGGAUGUACGACAUCUGUAAAUCCUUCUUGUACAGCGCUGCUAAAUUUGACACUCAGGGAAAAGCAUUUGUCAAAGAGAGCUUAAAGUGCAUUGCCAACGGGGUCACCUCCAAGGUCUUCCUGGCCAUUCGGAGGUGCUCCACUUUCCAGAGGAUGAUUGCUGAGGUGCAGGAAGAGUGCUACAGCAAGCUGAAUGUGUGCAGUGUCGCCAAGCGGAACCCCGAAGCCAUCACUGAGGUUGUGCAGCUGCCCAAUCACUUCUCCAACAGAUAUUAUAACAGACUUGUCCGAAGCCUACUGGAAUGUGACGAAGACACCGUUAGCUCAAUCAGAGAUAGCCUGAUGGAGAAAAUUGGGCCCAACAUGGCCAGCCUCUUCCACAUCCUGCAGACGGACCACUGUGCCCAAACACACCCCAGAGCUGACUUCAACAGGAGGCGCACCAGUGAGCCGCAGAAGCUGAAAGUCCUCCUCAGGAACCUCCGAGGUGAGGGGGACUCUCCCUCCCACAUCAAACGCACUUCCCAUGAGAGUGCGUAACCAGGGAGAAGUGUUCACAACCUCACCAAACUAGUAUCAUUUUAGGGGUGUUGACACACCAACUUUGAGUGUACUGUGCCUGGUUUGACUUUUUAUUUUUAAGUAGUUCCUAUUUUCUAUCCCCCCUUAAAGAAAAUUGCAUGAAACUAGGCUUCUGUAAUCAAUAUCCCAACAUUCUGCCAUGAGAGCAUCCCCACACACCAAAUCCACACCACCAUCCCGCCUCUCCGCAGAACAUACCCUCUCCCAUCACCUUCCUCCAUCCACGUCUCUUCCCAGCUCCCCUCCAACUGACUCCAACACAAAACGUUCAUGUAACUGCCCCAUCAUUGUAAUUGGGAGAUGUGGAGCCCUUUAGAAUGGUUGCCCCAGUAGAGUUAGCUGAUACGAAACAACUUUAUUUAAAUGCAUGUCUUAAAUGCUCAUAAAGAUGUUAAAUGGAAUUCGUGUUAUGAAUCUGUGCUGGCCAUGGACGAAUAUGAAUGUCAUGUUUGAAUUCUUGAUCUCUAAUGAGCUAGUGUCUUAUGGUCUCGAUCCUCCAAUGUCUAAUUUCCUUUCCGAUACAUUUACCAAAUUGCUUGAGCCUGGCUCUCCAACCAGGCUUUGAGCCUGCAUCUUCUUGCAUCUAAUGAAAAACAAAAAGCUAACAUCUUUAUGUACUGUAACUGCUCAGAGCUUUAAAAGUAUCUUUAACAAUUGUCUUAAAACCAGAGAAUCUUAAGGUCUAACUGUGGAAUAUAAAUAGCUGAAAACUAAUGUACUGUACAUAAAUUCCAGAGGACUCUGCUUAAACAAAGCAGUAUAUAAUAACUUUAUUGCAUAUAGAUUUAGUUUUGUAACUUAGCUUUAUUUUUCUUUUCCUGGGAAUGGAAUAACUAUCUCACUUCCAGAUAUCCACAUAAAUGCUCCUUGUGGCCUUUUUUAUAACUAAGGGGGUAGAAGUAGUUUUAACUCAACAUCGAAACUUAAGAUGGGCCUAUAUGAGAUAGGAAAAGCCAACAGGUUUAUCUGAAGGACCCCAGGUCAGAUGUUAAUCUCCCAGCCCACCUCAACCCAGAGGCUACACUUGACUUAGAUAUAACCUGAAACAGCUCUGUCACAUCCAACUGGUAAUUUCAGGAACCAAAAAGAGCAUCCCUUCGGGCUUGGACCACUUGGUGUGAUAAAGCCAACUGUACCUUGGGAAGGGGCAGUUCUUGACUCCCCACCUUUCAUCAGUGCCUAGCAUUCUGGCAAAGAUGCUGGGGUGGGAGAUCUCCCACUGAAGCAAUCAGGGAUGAGUCAACCAGCCUUUGGGUCUUUAGUCCGGGGAACUUGGGGCUGAGGGGGUGUAAAUAACCCUGGGCUGUCCAGCCUUAAUAGACUCCUCUUACAUUUUUGUCCUGUAGCACGCUGCCUGCCAAAGUAGUCCUGGCAGCUAAACCAUCUCUGUAGGAUCGUUAAAAAAA